CUUUUUUAAACACAUUUUCUUUGUUUAUAAAUAAGUUUUGAUUACAAUUUUUAUUUAAAUUUGCUGUUUCUUCAGAAAUUUAUAUAAAAAAUGAAAACACUUAAAUUAAACUCAAAAAAAGUAAAACGAAAAAGAAAACAAGAAACAGUAAUCAAAAAACUAGAAGCCGAUAAAAUUUCAGAUGAAAUUGCUGCCAAAAAAGCUGCAGACGAGAAAUUGGUAACUGAAAAAUCGACGGUGUCUAUAGCAGUUCCUGGUUCAAUAUUAGAAAACGCCCAAUCAUUCGAGCUUAAAACAUAUUUGGCUGGUCAAAUUGCUAGAGCAGCAUGUAUAUUUCGAAUUGACGAGGUUGUAAUAUUUGAUGAUAUAUGCAGUUCUAUUAAAAAUAAAAAAACUUUGCUGGAAGAUGGCUCACAAGUGGUUAGGCACAGUUGCAUUCAAUUAGCGCGUAUAUUACAAUACCUGGAAUGUCCACAGUAUUUGAGGAAGUUUCUUUUUCCUUUGCACAAAGACUUGCAAUAUUCUGGCCUUUUGAAUCCAUUAGAUGCUCCACAUCAUUUGCGACUACAUAAUACGUUCAUGUAUAGGGAAGGUGUUAUAACAGAAAAGAAAGCGAAGGAAGGCGCUUGUUCCAGUUAUGUUAACGUUGGCCUGCUAAAUGACGUAAAAGUAAAUAAAUCUUUACCAGCUGGAGUUCGUGUAACUGUAAAAUUAGAGGAUUCAUAUGCUUCGAAAAAAAAGAAAAUAAAAGGAGAAAUAGUUUCCCCUAAUGAGCCCAGAUUUCGAACUGGAGUUUAUUGGGGCUAUAAUGUGAGAAUAGCGCAUUCAUUUUCUGAAAUUUUUACGAAAUCUCCGUAUAAAGAAGGAUAUAAUUUAACGGUGGGUACUUCUGAUACUGGAUCUAAUAUAUAUCAGAUACCAACUAAUUCUUUGAAUUAUGAUCAUGCUCUUAUUGUUUUUGGAGGCUUAAAGGGUCUUGAAGCAGCGGUUCAAAGCGAUUCAAAAUUGGAUGAUGUAAAAGAACCUAAACUGUUAUUUGAUUAUUACAUAAACUCAAUUCCAACUCAAGGAUCACGCACUAUUAGAACAGAAGAAGCCAUAUUAAUUACUCUUGGAAUACUUAAAGAAAAGUUAAAUCCAGUUGCACCAGACAUUACUUUUACCCAUUCAGAUAAAGUAGCUGCCAGUACAGAUACGGGAACAAUAGUUAUUAAUGAGAAUACCAGCUUGAUAGAUAUGAGCAAAUUUGAUUAA